UUCACGUCAAUAAUCGAUAAUCCAAACAAAGCCUAGCAGCCCAGUGAAGAGUGACUCAGCCAUGGCCACUGCCCACCUCUCCUUCCCACUACGUCUCCCCCACCUAUCCGAUACCCCGUGUCAGUGCCAACCCACUGGAUUGUUCUCCGUUUCUACUCGAAGCCGACUCGGCCUGAGACUUCGAGCUAUGGGUAGUGACAUGUUGGGAGAUUUCGGGGCGAGAGACCCUUUCCCGGCGGAGGUGGAAAGUAGGUUUGGAGAGAAAGUUCUGGGCCAGGGUGACACCGAGCACAAAAUCCUUAUCCCCAAUUUGAAUGCUCUCUCUCUCGCUCAGCAACAGUGUGACCCCCAUAUCUCUCCUCUGCAGCCGCCCAUGUCAGAGGAUGAGGCUACGAAACUUCUGAAGAAGGUUAUUGGUUGGAGACUUGUAAAGGAAGAAGGGAAUCUCAAACUACAAUGCUUGUGGAAGUUAAGAGACUAUCAAUGUGGUAUUGAACUUAUCAAUAGAAUAUACAAAGUUGUAGAAAGUACUGGCCAUUUUCCAAAUCUCCACUUGGAACAACCCAGUCAGAUUAGAGCUGUACUAUGGACAUCUUCCAUUGGAGGAUUGAGCAUGAAUGAUUUCAUUGUAGCAGCCAAAAUAGAUGAGAUAAAAACUUCAGAUCUUGUCCCUAGAAAAAGAGUUUGGGCUUAAUUCAAACAUCAUAUCUCAUUCACCCAGGGGAUGAAAGUAAUCUGUAAUGUGAUUUUUAAAAUAAAACCCCCAAAAAGCUACCGUUCUGUUAGUAUUCUUGAAAGUAGUAUUAUUCUUUUGCUAUUUCUCCUGGAUUCAAGAUUUUUCUUGCUCACGUUGUUCAAAAUCUAGUGCCACGAUAUUCUUCUUCCAUUAGGUUUGAAUAUGAAACCACUAUCCAUUUUACGCAUCUGUAUGCAUUUAUAUGAGGGAUAUUGAUCUGAUUUCAUUUUCAUUUGAAGGACACGUUGAUUUGUAUGUUAGUCACAAUCUUUUCGUACUUUGGCAA